UUCUAAUUUAUUUCCUUCUAUAAAGUCUGUGUAAAUUUAUUUUUGAUUUCUUUGCAUCACAGAAAGGAUUGGGCUACACAGCAACCCAAUUAGGACUACAUUUGUAUGUCUAAAAUGCUAGAAUUUCUUAGAAUAGGUUUGGUUUCAUGAAAAGGGUACCUCUCAGGUAUAAACUGCUGCCUUUGGCUUUUUAAAAUGCAGACCAAGCAAUUAAUUAAUUAACAAAACAAAAAGCAUAUAAGCAAAGGUCCAGUUAAGAUCAGUCCAUUUUACAGAGUGUUGUGAACCCUGGCUCAUUGCAUCCCAUGUUCCUUCUUUCAUACCUUUGUGCUUUCAGACUAGUUUCCCAGAAGCUGCCAUAUUUUAAUGAUUUAAAAAUAUUGGAAGUCGAUAUUGCUGCAAUGCAAUUUAGAACAGGCACCGUAAACGAAGCUUCCUUCCCUCAUGUCAGAAAUUGAUAUCUGCUGACAAAAGUCUUGUCUAAUGACCUGUUUAGAUUCAUUAUGUAAAAAGUAUUGCUGUGCCUUAAGUUACUAUCAUAAAUAUAUUAUAAGUUUAUAUUUAAAAAUAAUACAUACACACAAGUUAGUGCCCUGUGUCCUUAUGUGACAGCAGAUAUGAAAUUUUCUACUGUGCAGACUCCCUGUCUUCUAUUGUAUAUUAUGUAAUUACUGUAUUGGUUGAGUGAUUCUGAGUGGAUGUUUUUGCUAAUUUUGUGGCCGGAACUAGUAUUUGUGUGUGUGUGUUUGUGUUUGUGUGUGUGUGCGCGUGUGUGUGUGUCUGGGCAGGGACUGUAAUGUAUACCAUCCAAUUAUACAGUGCAGCACCUCAGUGACUUUGAGCAGACCAUAGAUCGUUCUGUUCACUCAGUACUUUUACGCCAAGUUGUGAACAACUUGGAAUUCACUGACUUUUUUGUCCACCCAUAUGUAUCAGAUGUGGAAGGGAAAUGCAGGUGCAACCAGCAGAGGAGGAACGGCAUGUGAAAGCUAAUGACCGCGACUACAAUGACAGGUUUGCUUACGCGGCCAAUCACAUCAAAACCUCAAAAUACAACAUUUUCACCUUUCUACCUAUUAAUUUAUUUGAGCAGUUCCAGCGUGUUGCCAAUGCAUACUUCCUGUUUCUGCUUAUAUUACAGCUGAUUCCUGAGAUCUCCUCUUUGUCCUGGUUCACCACCAUCGUGCCUUUGGCAUUAGUGCUGACAGUAACUGCUGUCAAAGAUGCUACGGAUGACUAUUUUCGGUAUAAAAGUGAUCAACAAGUCAAUACUCGACAGUCUCAGGUACUCAUCAGGGGGAGGUUGGAAAAUGAGAAAUGGAUGAAUGUACGUGUGGGAGACAUCAUCAAGUUGGAGAACAAUCAGUUUGUCACUGCUGAUAUCCUCCUCUUAUCCAGCAGUGAGCCCUAUGGACUGUGCUACAUUGAAACAGCAGAGCUGGAUGGAGAGACAAAUUUGAAGGUGCGGCAGGCUUUAACAGUGACCUCAGAGCUGGGAUCAGAUAUUACCAAGUUGGCGGACUUUGACGGGGAGGUCAUCUGUGAGCCUCCAAAUAAUAAAUUGGACCGGUUCACUGGGACUCUUUUCUGGAAAGAUAAUAAGUAUCCCCUUGACAAUGAGAAGAUGCUGCUUCGUGGCUGCGUGCUCAGAAACACUGACUGGUGCUUCGGCAUGGUCAUAUUUGCAGGGCUCCAAACCAAGCUGAUGCAAAACUGUGGGAGAACAAAGUUCAAAAGAACCAGCAUUGACAGGCUGAUGAACACAUUGGUGUUAUGGAUUUUUGGAUUUCUUACAUGCAUGGGCAUCGUCUUGGCUGUGGGGAACACCAUCUGGGAGGAGAGAGUAGGCAAAACAUUCCGAGUGUACCUGCAAUGGGAUGUGGUGUUGAGCGAUUCCGUGUUCUCUGGAUUCUUGACCUUCUGGUCUUACGUCAUUAUCCUCAACACUGUGGUCCCCAUCUCACUCUAUGUCAGCGUGGAGGUGAUUCGCCUUGGGCACAGCUACUACAUUAACUGGGACCGGAGGAUGUACUACGGUCGGAGAGACAUGCCGGCGCAAGCCCGCACCACGACGCUGAACGAGGAGCUCGGCCAGGUGGAGUACAUCUUCUCUGACAAGACCGGCACCCUCACCCAAAACAUCAUGACCUUCAACAAGUGCUCCAUCAAUGGAAAGACCUACGGUGAUGUCUAUGAUGACUUUGGACAUAAAGUGGAAAUCACGGAGAAAACUCCAUGUGUGGACUUCUCCUUCAACCUGCUGAGAGACAAGAAAUUCAGGUUCCAUGACAGCAGUUUGAUGGAGGCCAUAAAGCUAGAAGAGCCGACCGUGCAUGAGUUCUUUAGACUGCUGGCGCUCUGUCACACGGUCAUGCCAGAGGAGAAGAACGAAGGGGAGUUGCUAUACCAGGCACAGUCACCUGAUGAGGGUGCCCUGGUCACAGCUGCACGCAAUUUUGGGUUCGUAUUCAGAGCCAGGACACCGGAGACCAUAACGCUCUAUGAAAUGGGCCGGGCAGUCACCUACCAGCUCCUGGCCAUCUUGGAUUUCAACAACGUGCGCAAGAGAAUGAGUGUGAUUGUGAGGACUCCAGAGGGACAGCUCAAACUCUACUCAAAGGGGGCCGACACAAUUAUAUUUGACAGGUUGGAUCCGUCCAAUGAGGAGCUGAUGUAUACUACCUCAGAACAUCUCAAUGAGUUUGCUGGAGAAGGAUUGAGAACAUUAGCUUUGGCCUACAAAGACCUGGAUGAAGAUUUCUUUGAGGAAUGGAUGAAGAAGCUCCAUUUUGCCAGCACUGUGCUUGAUAAUAGAGAGGAUUGCCUCGCCGUGCUGUAUGAGGAAAUUGAGCUGGGCCUGCAGCUGUUGGGUGCUACAGCCAUUGAGGACAAACUACAGGAAGGUGUGGCAGAGACCAUUGCCUGUUUAACUCUGGCCAACAUUAAGAUCUGGGUCCUCACAGGAGACAAGCUAGAGACAGCAAUGAAUAUUGGUUACUCCUGUAACAUGCUACGAGACGACAUGAACGAGGUCUUCAUCAUCUCAGGUCACACAGUACAGGAGGUCCAGCAGCAGCUCAGAGAAGCAAGAGACAAGAUUCCGGGACCGUGCAGGGACGUUGCCAAUGGCUGCAUGGAUACAGAGAAGUCUGAAAGAAAUGGGAAGGACUCAGUUUUUGAGGAAACCUUCACUGCUGAGUAUGCCUUGAUCGUUAAUGGGCACAGUCUGGCCCAUGCCCUGGAGGCCGACAUGGAGCGCGUGCUCCUGGACACGGCCUGCCUGUGCAAGACGGUCAUCUGCUGCCGCGUCACGCCCCUGCAAAAGGCUCAGGUGGUGGAGCUGGUGAAGAAGUACCGGGGGGCGGUCACUCUGGCUAUCGGGGAUGGCGCCAAUGACGUCAGCAUGAUCAAAACAGCGCACAUUGGAGUGGGCAUCAGUGGGCAGGAGGGCAUGCAGGCGGUGCUGGCGUCAGACUACUCCUUUGCCCAGUUCCGCUACCUGCAGCGCCUCCUGCUGGUGCACGGCCGCUGGUCCUACUUCCGCAUGUGCAACUUCCUGUGCUACUUUUUCUACAAGAACUUUGCCUUCACCCUGGUGCACUUCUGGUUUGGCUUUUUCUGCGGUUUCUCAGCACAGACUGUGUAUGACCAAUGGUUUAUAACCCUCUUUAACAUAGUCUACACCUCUCUGCCAGUUCUUGCUAUGGGCAUGUUUGACAAGGACGUCAAUGAGCAAAAUAGCCUUCAGCAUCCAAAGCUGUAUGAACCCGGGCAGCUCAACCUGCUGUUCAACAAGCGCCAGUUCUUCAUGUACACGGUGCAAGGGAUGUAUACCUCCUUUGUGCUCUUCUUUGUCCCCUAUGGAGCCUUCUCCUACGCUGUGAGGGAUGACGGGUCCGAUAUCUCUGACCAACAGUCCUUCGCCGUCACCAUAGCAACAUCCUUAGUGAUUGUUGUGAGCGUUCAGAUUGGGCUGGACACACAUUAUUGGACAGCUGUGAACCACUUCUACGUAUGGGGUAGCCUUGCAGUCUACUUUGCCAUAUUGUUUGCUAUGCACAGUGAUGGUAUAUUUGGUAUAUUCCCAAGCCAUUUCCCUUUCAUUGGCACUGCACGGAACUGCCUGUCCCAGAAGAGUGUGUGGCUGGUCAUUCUUCUCACCACAGUGGUAUGUGUGGUGCCGGUGGUGGCAGUCCGAUUCCUAAGGGCAGAUCUCUAUCCAACCUUAACAGACAAGGUUCGUCUCCUACAGCGUGCCAGCAGGAGGCAGCGUCCUCAGGAACAGAAUCUGAAGCGCGUGCGGCGGACUAGCUCACGCCGCUCUGCGUACGCAUUCGCCCACCAGGAGGGCUACGGAGAACUCAUCACCUCGGGCAAGAACAUGAAGGUCGCUGGCCCCGCCCCUGCUCCGCCCGCAGCGAAGAUACAGAACAGCACCAGCUGGAUCGAGAACCUGCUGAAGAAGAGAAGUGACAUCACUGGUGCCUCCUCAGAGCCACAGAGCAACGUCACAGAGACAAAUGGUACAGAGAAGACCAGAACUGAACUGCACAGAGACUGAAGGAAGCCACAUCCAAAAAUGGCAGCGCAAGCUGAGGGAGCAGACCAAAACAGUUGCUAUGAAACAAAGUAGACCAAAACACUGCAGUACAGAGACCCAAACAAAGAAAAAAACUGACCCAGUUUGAGGAAGGAGACUGGACCCAAACACAGCAGCAUAGGCAGUUGGGGAACAUAUCAGACCAAACACAGUAGGAAAUGACAGAAUAAACAGGACUGUAAUGCAAGUGCUCUAACAUGCAGGACUGUCAAAUAGCCAGAGAAUGGAAGGGAACAGACGAGACCAUGAAGCAGCAGCUCAGUGAAGUAAUUCACUUAAUGAUUGCUUCAUUAUGUCACUUCCUUUUCAAACAUCCCUAGCUAUAUAUGAUUAUUGUGCCAAUGUUCUUGCCUGGUAGCGUUCGAUUAAGUAAUGAUUGAUUGGCUGACGUGCAUUAUUUUGACCAGAAUAUAUUUACCAGAAAAUGUUUAUUUUGAGGCUGCAUUGGUGUUCACUUUACAGAAUGUGGCCACAGAAGAAAGACUGCUGUAAAUAUUGUGGCUUUCUACAGCAGUGCAUAAACCGCAAUUUGAGCCAUUAAUGUCAUGUUUUACAUCCUCCUCUAAUUAGUAAAAAAGUUCAGUCAUGCUCACUUCUACAGCUUUAAAUCAAUGUCUGCACUUGACACUUAAAGACUCUUCCUGCAACCCGUGGACUUUGUGAGGAAGACAAAUCCCAUUGCCACUUGAUUAUGAAUAUUGUGUUUCUUUAUAUUUUAAAAAAUAUUUUUUACUUCAUCAAGCAGGGAGGUUGUGCAAUUAAAUGUCUCAGUUCCUGAGAGUUCUACAAUUAAGCACAGUUUAUAUUAUAACAGGUUGCCUUUAUGGUCAUUUUGAUACCCUAAAAUUCACCCUAAAAAAGUCACCUCAGCCUUUUCCAAUGUACAUUCUUUAUGUUGCAAUGUGUUACCAAUGUGCUAAAUGCAUAUCAUGCCAAGUUUUCUUUAGAUAAUUUCUGGCAGCUUUCCACUUAGUGUGAAAUUUUCACGUUAUAGCAUUAUGAUGAUCAUUAUGAAUUUUGCAAAAUGCAAUGUAAUGACAAGUUCAGACGAUUGUGGAAUGCACAGAUAGUACAGUAGCUGACAUUUGAUACCAUUUAGCAUUAUCAUAUGGUGGAGGUGGGGGGAUAAUGUGCCUUUCACUUUUCCUUCUAUUAAGGGAAAUAUUGUGUAUACAAAUGUAAAUGUACCCUCUUUGGAACAGAUAUUUCAAGGCUGGCAAUUUCAUUGACAACGCUUCUACAAUGCUAGAAAUGUCAACGUGCUGAUGGCUGACAUCACUGACUGUGCUUAAAAUUUAGAGUAUGAGUUGCUUCACCCGCAAUCUCAACCUUGUGUUCAGAACAGCAUUGCAACAUCUACUAUGUGUGUUUUACAUGGACAUAAUUAGCCAUUAAAUGCAUAGAAACUCUGCUUAUAAAUGGCGACCUUUAGCAUUUGACAUUUAGCAUUUCAUACAGGAAUGUUAAAACUGAUGAAUGUAUAAAUCACAAAUGCUACGAAUGUUAUUUUACAUGUCCACUUUUGUAUUGUUCAUCAUUUGUACAUAUCUGCAUGGAUUUUUAUAUUUAUACUGGAAAUGUUACUUUUUAUAACACAGGAAAAUGUGUAAAUGUAUGUAAAUGCAUUUGGCUUAAUUUAUUUAAAAUGAAAUCACUCCUCUGAGUCUCUGUUUGCAUGUGUGUACAUAUAUAUUUUAAAGGUAUAUAUUGUGUACAAUGACUUGUAUUGUAGUCGAUAUGCACAUAAACAUUCUUUAAAGAGCUUUUGUAAAGAUAGUGGAGGAUACCUAGGUAAAAUGAGCUGCAGGAGACUUGAUUUCAUCUCCUAAUAGCUACCUUAAUAUACCCAGAUUGUGUGCCUGUUUUAUUGCCGAAAACCAUUUCUUAUGUAAGUUCUUUCUUCCAUCAUUGUACACAUCUUGACAAUUGUGUCAUGGCCAAAUUCACACUGGCUCUUUUUUAUUGCAUACACUCCUGCUUGCCCCUAGGUGUCUAUGUUGCACCACCAACUCGACUGAGUCUGCAACACCUCCAAUGGUCCACGUCUUAAAUCCACCCAUUAGGGGUGAUGUUGGCCCUGAGUUUCUCAGUCAGCAACCUUGCUUGUCACCAGUACAGUUUGGGUGCAGCUGCAGUGCUUCUUGUGUGAGUAUUCAUGAAAAAGAAUGAGCUGACGAUUUCAACUUGAAGAGAAAAAGGGGAAAUGCUGAAUAAAUGCUGUGGUGAAAUGAA